UGCAUGGAAGUGAAAGUAAAAACAUUAAAGUGCUGAAGUGAAAAGCAGCUUCUUAAUUAUCUUAAAUAACUAUGACUGGUGCCAAUGAUUUUGAGGCAAAGAUAACUCCAAUCGUCAUCCUUUCCUGCAUAAUGGCUGCUACCGGAGGUCUUAUGUUUGGAUACGACGUUGGUGUUUCCGGUGGAGUGACAUCGAUGGGAGCGUUCCUGAAAGAGUUUUUUCCAGAGGUGUACAUAAGGACAGUGGAAGAGAAAAUGUUGGAGAGCAACUACUGCAAAUACGACAAUGAAAAGUUGCAACUAUUCACGUCGUGUCUGUACCUAGCGGGUUUAACAGCUACAUUUUUGGCCUCACACAUAACUCGGAAGCAGGGAAGAAGAGCCACCAUGUUGAUAGCAGGUUUCAUCUUCAUUGCUGGAGUUGUUUUCAAUGCUGCUGCUCAGAACCUCCUCAUGCUCAUCAUUGGCAGGCUCUUACUUGGCUCUGGAGUUGGUUUUGCUAACCAGGCCGUGCCGGUUUUCCUUUCAGAGAUCGCACCUUCAAGAAUGCGAGGAGCACUGAAUAUAAUGUUCCAGCUGAAUAUCACCCUUGGCAUUCUCUUUGCCAACCUUGUCAACUAUGCUACCAACAAAAUCAAAGGUGGUUGGGGUUGGAGGUUAUCUCUGGGUUUGGGAGGCUUGCCAGCGGUGUUUCUGACCUUGGGGGCUUUCGUGGUGGUGGACACCCCAAACAGUCUCAUUGAGCGUGGUCACUUGGAAGAAGGAAAAGCUGUGUUGAGAAAGAUUCGUGGCAUUGAGAACAUUGAGCCUGAGUUCUUGGCUCUUGUUGAUGCAUGUACUGUAGCUAAAGAGAUCAAACACCCUUUCAGGAAUAUACUCAAGCGCAGCAACCGACCACAACUCCUCAUUUCUAUUGUCCUCCAUGUUUUCCAACAGUUUACUGGCAUCAAUGCCAUUAUGUUUUAUGGCCCGGUUCUGUUCAACACAUUGGGAUUCACGAAAGAUGCUUCACUCUACUGUACUGUGAUUAUUGGUGCCGUUAAUGUGAUCUCCACUGUUGUCUCAAUCUAUUCAGUGGACAGACUAGGACGGAGAAUGCUGUUAUUCGAAGGUGGAGUUCAGAUGUUCUUGUCUCAAUUUGUUAUUGCUGUUAUAAUAGGAAUAAAGGUGAGGGACCACUAUGAGGACCUAUCAAAGGGUUUUGGCGUGUUGGUGGUAGUGAUGGUGUGCAUUUUUGUGUCUGCAUUUGCAUGGUCAUGGGGCCCACUUACUUGGCUUAUCCCGAGUGAGAUCUUCCCUCUGGAAACUCGCUCAGCGGGGCAGAGUAUUGCUGUAUGUGUCAACUUGCUCUGCACAUUUCUCAUUGCACAGGCCUUUCUCUCAAUGCUAUGCUUCUUCAAGUUUGGAAUCUUCUUGUUCUUCGCUGGAUGUGUCUUGAUCAUGUCUGCCUUAGUGCUUUUCCUGCUUCCGGAGACAAAAAAUGUCUCUAUUGAAGAGAUGACAGAGAAAGUAUGGAAGCACCAUUGGCUGUGGAAGAGGUUUGCCGAAGAUGAUUCUGUUAAAGAAGAGAAAGUAGUCACUGCCGAUUGACCAAGUAUAAGUAAGAUUCUUCAGAGAUUUAACCUGCUUCUCAGAUAUAAGUUAGACAAAUUCUGCCAAUAGUUUGGUUUCUCAAAUGAGUAUAUUAGACUCUAUGCAGUGUUUGGCCAAAUUUGGUCGUUACAGUUUACCAUGUUAGUACUCCCACUUUGUUAGUGUCAUGUGUCUGUAACACUGUAAUGCCACUUAAUUGUCCUGUUAUGCAAGUCAUAUAAGGUGUACUAUGUUUGUAUUUUUGUUCUCCUUUGUUGGCUUUUUUUCAAAAAACAAAAAGCCUAGUCCUGGCAUAUUAUUUGUCUUUUGCUUAAA